AUGGUAAACACUCGUCGAACCAAGAACCCUAGGCGCAGAAACAACGUUCGAGAGGAGGAGAUGCAGGACCAGCACGAGGAAGGGACGGAGAUGCCCCAAGGUAACCCACUGCCAGAAGGGAACCAAGGAGGAGGAACUCGUAUGGAUCAAAUGGAACGAGUCUUGGGAAGUAUGGUCACCCUUAUACGAGGAACACAACCAGCGGGUCAGGUUAUCCCCCGAAAUCCUAAUGUUAGCGACAGGUUCCAGCGGUUGAACCCGCCUGUUUUUCAAGGAAAGGCAGGGACUGACCCCUGUGAGAGUGAGUUUUGGCUGGAGCAGGUCGAAAAGAUCUUUGACUUUAUUAGCUGUGAGGAGGAGGAUAAAGUUGGUUGUGCAACAUUUAUGCUUCGUGAUGAAGCUGACCAGUGGUGGAAAAUGAUGCAGAGAACCCUACAAGGUCCUGAAGGACGAGAAAAUGGAGAAAGGUCGGGAGUUCAUGAAUCUAAAACAAACUGGGGACAUGUCCAUCGCCCAAUACGAGGAUCACUUCACAAGGCUGAUCAAGUAUAUGCCUAUUACAACCUAGACGAGGAAGCCAAAGCGCAGAAGUUCCUUGGAGGACUGAAGUGGAAGAUUCAACUAGCCUUAAGCUCCUUAGGGACACGCACCUAUGCAGAAGUGGUGCUGCAAGCCUUGACGGUAGAAAGCAACUUUCGGCGAAUGGAGACUUUGGGAACGGAAUUUCGUGGGCCCGAGGAUGGAAGGUUGGGAAGAAAGCAUGACUUGGGGACUCAAGGGAGGAAGUUCAAGACCAAAGGUUCAUGCCCGAAAUGUCAGAAAUAUCAUCCAGGGAAGCCUUGUAGGACAGGAGCCCAAAGAUGCUAUUCUUGUGAAGGAACUGGCCACGUGGCUCGGGAUUGCCCAAAGGGGAUUGUGUGUUUCACUUGCCAGAAGCCUGGUCAUAUCUCUCGCGACUGCCCUCAAAAGAAAGGUAUUGUUCAAUUCAGGGCGAAUAAAGGAAGCAUGGAGCCACAACGGGGACGCGUAUUUAGUUUGAUGAGAGAAGACGCCAGUGCCAACCCAUCAAUAAUACAAGGUACAAUGAUCUUUCUUGAUACGCCGGUGCAAGUAUUGAUAGACCCAGGGUCUACUCAUUCAUUUGUAUCGCAUGCAUUGGCACGUUGUUUAAAAUUGGAAUUGGGAGAACUAGGGUGUCCCAUGAUAGUAUCUACCCCUUUUGGAAAACAAGUAGAAACACAUACAGGCUAUGGGGAUGGACGGAUCGUAUUGGGGAAUAAUGAAUUUUCAGUCGAACUUACGUCCCUAGAUAUUCAGGAUUUUGACAUAAUCUUGGGGAUGGAUUUCUUGACUAAAUAUAAUGCAAAAAUUAACUGUCAAGAAAAGACAGUUGAGUUACAAACAGAUAAUGGAACUUGGGAGAAGUUUCGAGGGAAAAAUGGGAGUAGGAGAAUCAAAUGGAUAACAGCCCUUAAAGCUAUUAGGAUGUUAGGGAAAGGAGCAUAUGGCUACCUAGCUUGUGUACAGGAGAAUAACAAAAAGGUUGGGCUUGGGAAAGUGGCCAUAGUAAGAGACUUUCCUGAUGUGUUUCCUGAAGACUUACCUGGACUACCCCCUUAUCAGGAAAUUGAGCUUGCCAUAGAUGUCCUACCAGGGACAGACCCUAUAUCAAUACCUCCUUAUAGGAUGGCCCCAGCAGAAUUAAGGGAAUUGAAAAGUCAGCUGCAGGAUCUUUUGGACAAGGGUUUUAUCCAACCUAGCAUGUCACCUUGGGGAGCACCUAUAUUGUUUGUAAAGAAAAAGGACGGGAGUCUAAGGAUGUGCAUAGAUUACCGUCAACUGAAUAAGGUUACUAUAAAAAACAAGUAUCCGCUCCCUAGAAUUGAUGAGUUGUUUGACCAGUUACAAGGUGCUAGGGUAUUCUCGAAGAUAGAUUUGAGGUCGGGCUACUACCAGUUGCGAAUCAAGAAGGAGGAUGUAUUGAAAACUGCCUUUAGAUCUCGUUAUGGACACUAUGAGUACUUGGUGAUGCCAUUUGGGUUGACUAACGCACCAGCAGCCUUUAUGGACUUGAUGAAUAGGAUAUUCAGGCCAUACCUAGACCAGUUUGUGAUUGUGUUUAUUGAUGAUAUUCUAAUAUAUUCAACUAGCAGGGAGGAACAUGAGCGACACCUGGAAACAGUCCUAAAGACGUUACGGGAGCAUCGAUUAUAUGCCAAAUUUUCUAAAUGUGAGUUUUGGCUAACCCAAAUAGCUUUUCUGGGUCAUGUCAUAUCAGAGGAAGGAAUAGCGGUGGAUCCUUCAAAAGUUGAGACAAUAAGGAAUUGGGAGCAACCUAAGACCGUAACUGAGGUGCGUAGUUUUUUGGGGCUGGCAGGUUAUUAUAGAAAAUAUGUUGAAGGAUUUUCUCAUAUUGCUUUACCACUUAACCAGUUAACGAGAAAAGGAGUUAAGUUUGAAUGGAAUAUGGCAUGUGAGCAUAGUUUUAAUGAACUCAAAAAGAGACUAACCUCUGCACCUAUGAGGCAACGGCGGUAUUUAUUUUCACAGAGGGAUUUGAAUAUGAGGCAACGGCGGUGGAUGGAAUUCUUGAAGGAUUACGAUUGUACGAUCCAGUACCACCCCGGGAAGGCAAAUGUUGUGGCUGAUGCGUUAAGCAGGAAAAGGCCUGCUCUAAUAGCUAAUUUGAUGGCCCGGGAAUGGGGACUGGUGGAGGCUUUUAGCCAUUUGUCAGUGGGUGCAAUUCCUAAAAGAACGUCCGUCUACGUCGCUGGCCUGGUGGUUCAUUUCCAUCUGGUGGAACAAAUCCAGCAAGCUACUCUGGAAGACUCGAGGGUGAAGUUGUGGGUAGAUGAUCGGGGAAGGGUCAAAAACCCUAACUUCAAUUUUUCUGACGGUAUAUUACGGUUCAUGAACCGAAUAUAUGUGCCCAGGGUCAAGGAAUUGAGGCAAACCAUUCUAGAAGAGGCGCAUCGAGCCAAAUACACUAUCCACCCUGGUACUACCAAAAUGUACAGGGACUUGAGAAAUUUGUAUUGGUGGUCGGGAAUGAAGAAAGACAUAGCUCGUCACGUGAGUCGAUGUGACACUUGUCAAAGGAUAAAGAUCGAACAUCAAAAGCCUGCUGGGAAGCUGCAACCCCUAGAUAUUCCCGAAUGGAAGUGGGAGCAUAUCACUAUGGAUUUUGUUACAGGUUUGCCAAAAGGACCUAUGGGAAAUGAUGCAAUAUGGGUAAUAGUGGAUAGGCUAACAAAGUCUGCUCAUUUUCUGCCCAUGAAAGUAGGGCAACCAGUCAGCAAGUUAGCACAAUUGUAUAUAAAAGAGAUAAUCCGAUUGCAUGGAACUCCAGAAAAGAUAAAGGCAGCCCAAAGCCGACAGAGGUCAUAUGCCAAUAAUCGAAGGAGGGGUUUGGAAUUUCAAACUGGAGAUAAGGUAUACUUGAAGAUCUUGCACCAAGGGAAGAAACGAGGAAAGUUAAACCCACGCUAUGUUGGGCCAUAUGAGGUUUUGGAACGUAUUGGGCCAGUAGCAUAUCGGUUAGCACUACCCCCAUCAAUGUCUGGGGUACACGAUGUGUUCCAUGUGUCUCGUCUACGAAAGUGCGAACCCGAUCCUUCUCAGAAGAUUCCAGAAGAAACGAUUGAAUUGCAAGAGAAUUUGACCUACCCCGAAGAACCCAUUGAGAUCUUGGACCGGAAGGAGAAAGUAUUGAGAAACAAGGUAAUACCACUGGUGAAAGUGUUAUGGAAACACCAUAACAUUCAGGAAGCCACUUGGGAGAGAGAAGAAGAAAUGCAACAGAAGUUCUCACACCUCUUUAACCAUGUGGAGACCUAG